AUGGAAUGGAUUCCAUGUGAAGAGCAGGCGGGGAGGUUGGGCUUUCGCGAAGGCCACUGUGCGACAUGUCUGUUAGAUCCAGCAACCGGAGAGGAGUGGGUAAUGUGCGUUGGCGGUUAUUGCGAAGGGGAACGCGAUGGAAGCGCCAUGGUAAGCAAAGUCUCUCAGCUGCCGGUCCUUUGCUGGAUAACCGUUGCCGACCACCUACCCUGCUUAGAGUGCGACGGCGCAUCCUUGACGCGGGUUGGGAACGCCCCUGCGGCGUACAUGUUUGGUGGGCUAGAUGCGGACAUGAAUCUGUGCAACCGCCUUCUGCAAGUUGGGCUGAACUUUGCGAAGGGAUCUCCUUCGCUCGCGGUGGAGGCUCUGCAGACCACGGGAAAUCUUCCUCCUCCACGCACUCACCACUCGGCAGGUGGAACGGCAGCCCAUCUUCUUGUAUUCGGAGGCGAGACAGACGACGCAGAACAGACCAAUGACAUGUACAUGUUAGAUGUCACCACGCUCGUAUGGACACGCAUCAAGACUGAGUCUCCUGUUCCGCCUCCUCGUCUUCUUGCUGGCCCCCUUUUAUUUGUUUCCCCUCAAGUCUGUGUAAUUUACGGAGGGGCGCAUUUCGUGAGUGGUGACAUUAAAAGUCUUAACGACGUUUGGUCCUGUGAACUCUCCUCUGCUUCUGUGUGGACGCAGUUACAAGGGAGUGGUGCUGGUGUGGAGUUUGUUUUUCCACGGUCCAAUGGUCAUGCAGGAGCCCUCUUGCGCGGCGGCGAGGAAACGAGUGCCUUGUUUUUUGGUGGCAAGGAUGCCGCCGAAGGAUGUGACAAGGUGAAACAGGUGCGUUGGUGCAAAUCAGGGGAAGGUUCACUUCAGUUGCACCUAGUGGAGCCAACUUUGAGGUGCACCGAGGGCCCACACUGGCGUUACACACCUGUGAUGGUAGAAACUCGUCAAGGACUUCUUCUAUUGGGUGGGCAGUGUCGCCAUCCACAGGACGUGGCGGCAUUUCUCCUAAAGUGUGCAGAGGGUGCGGAUUCGUUAUGA